GUUGGUGCUUUCCCCCGUUUGCCCCCAAGAAGCCUUUGUUGGGAAUGAAUGCCUCCACUAAAUCAUCACGACAGUCAUCGCCGUCACGCCCGCCAUUAUCGCUGCAACGUCGUUCACCCGCCUACUUUUCCAAAAGAUAUCAGACUUUGCUUGCUAAUCUAAAGAAACACAGUGCCGGUGGUAAAGAACAUAGUAUACGUCAUGCCAGCUGUUCAUUCAUACAACAAGUAGGCAAGAAACUAGGCUUUCCGCAGACCACUAUUAGUACGGCGCAGGCGCUGUAUCACCGAUUCUAUCUGUUUUAUUCAGUACGGGAUUAUCCACCACAGGAUAUCAGCAUAACAGCUAUUUUUGUGGCAUCAAAGAUCGAGGAGACGAUCAAGAAGCUGCGGGACAUUUUUGUAGUGAUUCAUAGUGUUCGACACCCAGACAGCAAGGAACUUGAUCCAGAACAGGUGUCUGAGGAUCGACGGAAGAGGAUUAUUGGCUAUGAGAAGGUGAUGCUGGAAACGCUGUGCUUCGACUUUCAAAUUCGGCACCCUUACGAGAUUAUGGUCAAAUUUGUAAAAUACAUUCAUGCACACCAAUCCAUUGACGGACGUGUCCUUGCUCGAAGGGCAUAUAUGCUCCUGACCGACAGUUACAAAACACCAUUGUGCCUGGAAUACCCCGCGCAUAGUAUUGCGGCAGGCGCUAUAUGGCUAGCCAACCGGCUGCUCAAGGAUGAAGAUGACGGUUUCACUGGGUUGGAUGAAAGUAGGCCGUGGGAUCUUGUGUUCCGGACGCGAAUGGAGGAUAUGGAGGAUGUGUGUCAUCAAAUCCUGGACCUGUAUAUACAAAUUUGCCCUGACGAGGAAAUGCAUCGAUACACGCGAAUCAAAAUUCAAUUGAACCAAGAGUUACAAAGCCGAGGCCCGGACAGAUAUUUACAAGGUCAUCCGGAUCCCGAAGGCUUGGGGAGUUCGGUAGUGUCAGAUAAGCCAAUUGUAUAUAGUAAUAGCACCUUAGACAUGGCCAACACCAACCAGCAUACAGUUUGCUAUCAGUUUGUGAGUAUGUCACCUCACGAUAUCCAAUAGAAUCGUUGCAGAUUUGAAUACACUCCGUUGACUGGUCGGUGCUUAGAAAUCGUGAGCGAUUGAGCUGCAAUGAAAGGCGUGUGUAUGAGAAGAGUC